CUAGUUACUCAUACGAUUUCACAUGAUACUGGAAGCUGCUGAGGCUACUGCUUCUUCAACUCUACCAGUCUCUCCGAGUCCUGAACCAGCAGCCACUACCACUUCUCAUCUAAAAACAGUGCCAGCAUCCACAAGUCAUGCAACCCUUACUUGCCUACCUCAAUACAUGCGGGCAAUUAUUAAGAGAGCCUAUAUCAGUUCGAGAGGCUACUCUGCAUGGCACAUUCACUUGAAUGACCCAAGAUGUAAGCCUGUGAUUACCAAUUACAACGUCAUGUUCCGUAUACCAUACAAUGGCUGUGGUACAAGAAGGCAGAUUACCCACGGAGUCAUCACCUAUUCCAACACACUGGUAGGAUCCACUUUUCGCAACUUCAAUGACAGAAAUAUGAAUUCUCUGCUAAACUUUGCCUGCAAAAUAUACACAAACGCUGAUACCGGAACACUGCCCAACGUUAAAGAGUCUCCAUACCUGGAAAAUCAGUCUAGGCGAUACAUUGUCAAGUUUUCCUUUUAUGACUCAUCAUCUUUUUCACACUUGGUGAAGACUUCGCCAUACUAUGUUGACACAAACCAGGAUGUGUUUGUUCGUGCUACCCUCUACAGCCCAGAUCCGAACCUGAUGCUAUUUACAGAUACAUGUGUGGUCUCUCCAAAUCCUCAUGACUUUACAACUACGACAUACGAUUUAAUCGAAAGAGGGUGUAUAAAAGACCCAACCUACAGGAACUACUAUUCACUAGACAAGAAGCUUGUGCAGUUCAAAUUUAGACCCCUGAGCUUUUUCAGAAGACACUCAGCAAAUUAUCUACAGUGCAAAAUGGCAGUGUGCAAUAAAUAUGAUUAUUCUUCCCGAUGCUACCAGGGCUGUAUGACAAGAGGCAAAAAAGACACAAGUGACGAUGAGGAAAACAUCAUUAUUAUUGGGCCAAUGAUACUCAGAAGAAUUUAAUGCUUCUUUUCAUUAUAAUAUUGUGUAUCGCUUAUAUAUAAGUGAUCAGUACGUUGCACAUCUGCUAAUGAGUUCUAAAAAAGCAUUAUAGUAGGCUGCUAAAUUCCAUAAUCAACAGCAGAGCGCUUGCUUUGUGAUGGUGUGUAUCUCAGGAUAUUUUAUUGUUAAUUGCACUUGUAUUGCUUAAUUUCAGAUCUUUUGGAUCUAUAGUCCAAAUCUGUAAAAGCCUAAACUUCAGUAAACAUUCUCAAGUAAAGUAUAUUUGUAGUAGGUGUUUGAUUUUUCUGAUCAAGACUUUAUUUCUCUCUUACAGUCCUUCCAGUUCUCCCUGUUCCACUACCACUCCAAUACUUAGCAUUUAAGAAUGAUCAACCUGCCUUACAGCUGUAGAGGGCACAGUGCUGCUUUCUGCACUCUUUGUCCAAAGACCCUUAAGGAGGUACAGGAAAAGGUUGAAGGACCAGCUGUACAUCACUUCGUUGGACCGAGUAAUCAUUUUAGCUAUUUUUGAAAGCAAAGAAGAAACAUAAAUCAAAGGAUAAACCAUCCCUAGUAACCAAGAUAAUAUCCUAGCUAUUAUUUUAAAUAUAAACUCAAAAUAUCUGGAAAAAAUAUUAUGAACAUGCUGAGAUAUAAUCUCAGCAACACUUCUAAGCUAUUGUAAUUUUUCCGUAUGUCAGUUUUUAUUACUGUAGAAUAGAAUUAUAAAAGCUUUUCGAUCUAAACGUUAUUUAUUACGGCCAGCUGCUUCAUCUCCUUUCUUUCCAAUAUCUGUUCAAAUAACAGAUGGUAAUAUGGGCAGAAAUAUCUCUUUGGACCAAGAAAGUGUUUCUGAAGCUUCAUAUGUUAAAUUGUCCUAUUUGGAAUGACUUAGUGAAAAAAAAGUGGAAAUUAAUAAUUUUCUCCAGUUCAUAACAGACAAGAAUAUCUUGUCAGUCAAGUGCAGAAUUAUGCAGUAGUACAGCAGUUAUGUGA